CCGCUCGCCGUGGUGUCAUGGUGCCGCCGCUGUCACCGCCUCUUUGCACGCUGCCACCGGGCCCCGGACCCCCGCGCUUCGUGUGCUUUUGCGAGGGGGAGGGAGAGGACGGAGGCCCCGGCGCCUUCAACCUCUAUGUGACCGACGCGGCGGAGCUAUGGAGCACCUGCUUCACGGCGGACAGCCUGGCGGCCCUCAAAGCCCGUUUUGGCCUGAGCGCGGCUGAGGAUAUCACUUCCCGGUUCAGGGCAGCCUGCGAGCAGCGAGCUCUGACUUUCGUCCUGCAGGAGGACCAAGCAUCCCUCACCCUUUCAGGGGGGCCCUCAGCACUGGAUUUUGCCCUCUCCAAGGUGCCGGGCCCAGAGGCAGCCUCCAGGUUGCAGGCGCUGACCCUGAGGCUGGCAGACCAAGUGUGCACCUUGACGAGGCAGCUGGCAGCUGCGGAGAUGACAGCUGCCAGCCCCAGAAAGAGCCCUUGUCUGGUGGGGCCUCAGCUCUUCUUACCAGACCCAGAUGCUCAGAGAGGCGGCCCUGGACUCGGGGUCAGGAGGCGGUGUCCAGGAGAGUCCCUCAUCAACCCCGGCUUCAAGAGUAAGAAACCAGCCGGUGGUGUAGACUUUGAGAGCCCUUGAGGGUGCAGCAGAGUGCGAUCCCGCCAGCCAUCUGCCUGUGAAGUGGGGACAGCCUCUGAGAGGCGUCUUGCCGGAGGGUCGGGCACGCCUGCUCCCCACAUCCCUUCUCCGUCGAAUAAAUGCUUCCUCGCAGGGAGGAACUGGCCACA